AUGAAAGAUGGAGGCAGCACCCCUCGAGCCAGAAGAGAUUUGGGUGAGAUUUCACUGAUGCAGAAACUGGCUCGGAACCAACAAGAACUUUCGAUUCUUGAAAAUCAGAACCGGAAAAAGUCACAUGAGGCGCUGGAAACCCGAUCUACCGAGACCGAGCUACAAGCAUGGCACGCGUACGAGCUACAAAUACUGGAAGAGCAAGAGCUACGGGACGAGCAACAAGCACGGGACAAGCAACAGAUACAGGACGAGAAAAAGUUCGAGGACGGGCAAAUGACCUGGGAAGAGUUGCAAACCCGGAAUAAACAACGGGCCCGGGACGAGGAACAGGCCCGGGAAAGGGAAGAGAGGUGGGACGAACAGGAUGAGAGGCAGGGGCGAAUAACCAUGGAUGAACUUCAGGCCCGGAGAAAGCAACGGGCCCGGGAUAAUGAUCGGGCCCAAGACGUGCAACAGUUCGAGGACGGGCAAAUGACCUGGGAAGAGUUGCAGUCCCGGAAUGAACAACGGGCCCGGGAAGAACAACGGGCCCGGGAAGAGCAACAGGCUCGAGACGAGCAAUCCAUCUGGGACGCGCAACGGUUUGAGGACGCGAAACAAUUAGAGGAGGGGAUCAGAGAACUGAUCUGGGAACGUGGGGAAAAGCGGAACAUGCAAAGGAAACAGGACGAGCAACGGGCCCGGAAUGAACAACGGGCCCGGAACGAGCAACGGGCCCGGAACGAGCAACGGGAACAGGACCGACAGCUGGCCUGGGAGAAGAAAUUUUCCCGGGACAAGCAACGGGCUCUAGCACUGGAACACGGCUCCGGCCCGAUCGGAUAUAAUCAUUCGGAAUGGGAGAAGGCCGAGGAUCAGUUCUGGGAAGAUAUUGCAUCUUGGAUGGGGCCCGCUUUAUGA